GUCAAUUUUCAAUGACAAAUGUUGAAUUAAGCUUGAAAAUUAAGAGAUAAGAAUUAAGAAUUUAGAGUUAAGAAAUAGCAAUGAAGAACAUUGAAUAAUAAGCCAUUCCGCCUUCCAUAAGCAUAAACACAAUAAUUCUAUGACGCAGUUUCUUUAUGACGUUUUAAAUAGUUUGGCGUAAGUGGACUUUUUGCAAUUCGUAUGGCAUCUUUGAAUCUCAAACCUAACGUCCAAAGCAAUCCUAAUUUUGGAGGGUUUGAGAUUGCUCAAAGUUGGGGCGAAAAUAAGUUAUCAGAUAAUGAGCCCUUAGGCAGUAAAGAUCCUUUCUUCCAAAGAUAUCGUAAUAAUUUCAGAAAUUAUCAUGUUUUGGAAGGAUACGGGCAAAAACAAGAUGAGGACUAUGGUAUACCAAGGCCUUUAUCAAAUAACUUUUUUGGUCGAAUUAGUAGUCUUCACAAUACCAAUCGAAGGAUCAGACGUCCAAGCAAUUUCCAGGUAUUUCCAUGGAAUGAUUACCAGCGAACAAGUGAUAUUGGCAAUCAUUCCCUGUGUGAUACGACCCGAGAAGCACUGGAUGGAAAAGACAGAGAUCUUCACCGAACCAGUCGAUAUUUAACAAUUUUCCCCGAUCACUCAUCACAAGUGAUCCCUGUUUCUGGACGUGUUCCACCGCAACAUUAUCACCAUAAGGGAAUCAACAAAAUACUCAAACGCUGUCAUCUGCAUGACUAUCACAUACUAUUGCCACCUUUAACGCAUGCAGAGUCAUCACCAUCGAUAUACGAGUCCCGGGUCAUAGCAAAUAGUAUGCCAACUGAAAAACAAAGUUCUGCGUUCAUAAAAAAGAUUAAAAACCUUAGGGGAUACGAGGAUGCAGAGCCAGUUGGUAAUAUAGGUAUAGCUCAGAAACGAUGCAAGCAGAUCAAAUACCCGAGUAGAUCUGGUAAAAUUGGACAAUGUGUUAGAUUUAAUGUACCUGAAGCCAAAGAACCACCUGAAAAACCAACUGAAACCAUCCCCCCAAAAGCCCCUAGUUAUCUUUCGUGCAGUCGUCUCGGUCCUGAAAACUGGCAAACAUUGGACAGAGAAGUACGGCGAGCUAUUUAUCACAAGGAAUCGGAUAACUACAAGGAAUAUAUGGUUGUACGUGAUGGUGAUGAAGAUGUAGAGAGCAAUCUGGACAAGGAAAUGGAUCUGAAUAAUGAAGAAGAUGAUAUUGAAAAGGUCAAAUGCGAAAAAGAAAUUGUAGAAGAAACAACAUUAAGCUGUAUCACCAACCCUUUCGCUUUCAAGUUAAUUCAUCAACGAGGCAAGUUUGUGUCACCAUGGAAUAACAAUAUUGAUCCAAAAUAUAUGUGUUCGAAGUCAGAUGCGUCAAAAAGAUUUCACAACAUGUUUCCCGAUAUAGUUCCAGAUCAACGAGAUAAUUAUACGUAUGGUAAAAAAGUUUCGUUUUAUGGUUAUAAUUCCUCUGCUUUCAGAUAAGGGGGAAAUGCUUGUUGACAUCGUUAUAGGAAGUUCAUGUAAUGUUUAUCCUUUUCUUAGUUUUGAUUAAUGUAAUAUUUCUUUCCUAUUGAAACUUUAUAUUGAAUUCAGGAUUUUAUAAAAUCAUGUAAAAUACUGAUGUUAGUCGUUUCUAAGUUUGUUACAACUGAAUUUCUGUGUUUUGUGUGUCAUAGAACUUUUAGAAAUCUAUAUAAGAUGAUUUUUUAAAGAUUAUAAUUUCGUACCUACUGUUGAAUUUCAUUUUUUUAAUGUUGAAUUCUAUCUUUUCAAAAUUAUUGUUUUAUUAAAAGCACAAAACUUAAGAAUUGAGAAAAUUCAGUGAUAUCCGUAGUGGGUCGCUCUAUGCAUGAAUGUCCAUAAUGUAUCAUAAUACUUUACAUCAUUAGCCUAAUACAUGUCAUCAGAAGAACUGAAUCGUAAAUUUUGUUCUGGUUUGCCAUUGCUUUUUGAAAAGAUACUGCGUUGGAUAGCGAAUUUACGAUCGUUUAAACUUCAUGCUUUUAUUUAACAUGAUCAUUAAUGUUCAGAAUAAUAUUUCAUUAUAUUUAAGCAUUAUUUCUUCUAAUACAUUUUAUAACUUUAUCCAAAAAUUUUCACAUAAUUGUUUGAAAAUUUUGUAUUAUUGACUAGCUCUUCAUCAUGUAUGGUUUUCUUUGUUUUUUUUUUAUGGAAAUAUUUAUGUAUUUUAAAUCGUGUUUUACGUACUAUUAUAUUUCUGGACCAUCGUCCUACAUAACGUAAUAUUAUUUCUGUAAUAUUUUAACAUGUGAAAUGUUGUUAUUUUAUUUGUUGUGUCCUGUUAAAUUCGAAAGUUAAACUAUGAGAUUUG